AUGAGUCUGUUCGUGGCUACUCGUAUGCUUCGCGCUCCCCUGCGCACGACGGAGGGCUUGAUGCGCGCCAUGCCAUUUGCCUCGCGAGCUAUUCAUACUUCAUCAAAGGCUCAAGCUCUUCCUUGGGCAAAAAAGGCACCUGUUGUUCCGAUGACGGAAGAGCAGGAUCUUAAGCGGCUCAACACGCAGCGGAACGAACGCCCAAUCUCGCCUCAUCUCUCCAUCUACCAGCCACAACUGACGUGGGUCAGUUCUAUUCUGCACCGUGCCACAGGCACAGGCAUGAGUUGGGCUUUGUAUGCAUACGCCAUCGGCUACCUCGCUGCACCACACAUUGGACUUGGUGAGAUGCUGUCGUCAGGCUCGCUUGUGGACGCAGUUUCUCACCUCCCUGCGUGGGCGAAGGUGUCAGUCAAGGCCCCUUUGGCCGCUGCCUUCAUGUACCACUUCUUUAACGGUUUGCGCCAUCUUGCUUGGGACAUGGGAUACUGUACGUUUCUUUUCUCGCAUGUAGUAGCGAAUCGACUAACAACUGUUCAGUCACGCUUCUCCGUUCGUCGUAUCUUGCUGGUUACACAGUAA